GGGAAAAGAAGAGAAAAGAAACUUCAUGCCAUAUACUACGCAUCGAGGUUACUUCAUGAUGCGGAGCUCAAUUAUGCCACCACCGAGAAGGAAUUUCUAGCCGUCAUUUAUGCUUUUGACAAGUUCCGAUCUUACCUCAUUGGCCAAAAAGUGAUUGUUUAUACCGAUCACUCCGCCAUCAAAUAUCUCAUGAACAAGAAGGAUGCCAAACCAAGGUUAAUUCGUUGGGUUUUAUUACUCCAAGAAUUUGACCUUGAAAUCCGAGACAAGAAGGGGAGUGAAAACCUUGUGGCGGAUCAUCUUUCACGACUUGAAGGCACCCCCAACCCCAAGGAAGAGGAGAUAAAGGACGAUUUCCCAUAUGAGCAAAUAAUGGCAAUCAAAGAGGUAUGGCCCCGAAAAGGAAGCAAAAUGACGGGGCCUCUUCUUCUUCAUACUCCCACCCCCGUUUCACCUCUCAUGAAAAUGAAGAGUGGUACGAUACAAGAAAAAAAUGGGGAAUGGUGGUGGAGAAAACAGUUGACCCAAUCAUCGACGCCACUUUUGAACUAACGGAGGCAUUCAUGGAGCUAGGGUGGGCUGUGAUGCUUACCCUAACAGGGGCGUACUACCCCCAACUGGUUCGUGAGUUCUAUGCCAACAUCACGGACAAACAAACUGGGUAUGCCGUCAUUCACUCAUUUGUCAAAGGCAAGAACAUAAAAAUUGAUCCAAGUUUUCUCUCCCGCCUCCUCAAGGUCCCCGAUGACGGCACAACUUUGGAAUUCACCGUUAAAGGAAUCUCCAGUGACAAGACUUAUGAUGAAAUUCGAACAAUGGAAAGGUAUGAACUCCCAAAGCUCUUCACUAAAUAUUUG